AGCUGGCGGAGACGCGCUCUCCCAGCAAAAAAAGCAAAGGCGAUUAAAGGCGCUGCCAGCCUCGCGCUCUGGGCACAGCUGAGCGUGACACUCGGGGAAGUCAAAUCCCUCACUACUGCCUAGAAGAUGGCUAGACUUUAAAGACUGUUUCUUUUUCCCUUUAAGAUAAAAAUUUGUUGGAGAUUUUUUCUUUCUUCUUGCUUUCCUUUUUCUUUUAUUGCCUUUUUUUUUCUUUUUGGCUGUGGCUUUCUCCCCAUUUAAAACAAAUCAUUGAAUCUGGUUGCAGAAAGAAAAAAGAAAUAGCCAAGUGUCUCCAUAUCUGGAUGUCUACAAAUUAGAGUUGAGACAGCGAGAUCUAGCUGCUCGAUAACAGCUAGCGAACCAGGCCAGGCGCCUGGGCUUUUUUUUUUUUUUUUUUUUUCCCCCUUCUUUUCCCGGCACCCGCCUCGUGCCUUCGCUGGGGUUUCGCCGGCCUUCCUCCUCCGCUCACCCCCGCGGCCGCUGGCAAAGUGGGGUGGGAAGCGAGGCGGGGGGUGGGGCGGGGGCCGGCGCGGCGGCCGGGGCGGCGGGGCGGCCGAGCAUGGAAGAACAGCAGCCGGAACCUAAAAGUCAUCGCGACUCGGGCCUCAGCGCGGCCGCCGUGGCGGCAGCCCCGGGCAGCCUCAGCUUGAGCCUCAGCCCCGGCGCCAGCGGCAGCAGCGGCAGUGAUGGAGACAGCGUGCCGGUGUCCCCGCAGCCCGUGCCCCCCUCGCCACCCUCGGCGCCCUGCCUGCCGCCCUUGGCCCACCACCCGCACCUCCCCCCGCCCCCGCCGCCGCCGCCGCCGCCGCAUCUCGCAGCGCCUGCUCACCAGCCACAGCCCGCGGCCCAGCUGCAUCGCACCACCAACUUUUUCAUCGACAACAUCCUGAGGCCGGACUUCGGCUGCAAAAAGGAGCAGCCGCCGCCACAGCUCCUCGUGGCGGCGGCGGCCGGAGGAGGCGGAGGAGGCCGGGUCGAGCGUGACAGAGGCCAGACCGGCGCAGGUAGAGAUCCUGUCCACCCGCUGGGCACGCGUGCGACAGGCGCCGCCUCGCUCCUGUGUGCCUCGGAUGCAAACUGUGGCCCACCCGACGGCUCCCCGCCGGGCGCCGCGGGAGGCGCGGGCGCGUCCAAAGCUGGGAACCCAGCAGCUACGGCAGCGGCUGCGGCGGCUGCGGCGGCGGCAGCGGCGGCAGCAACCGCCAAGCCUUCGGACAGCGGCGGCGGCAGUGGAGGCGGCGUGGGGAGCCCAGGUGCGCAAGGUGCUAAGUACCCUGAGCACGGCAACCCCGCCAUCCUGCUUAUGGGCGCAGCCAACGGCGGGCCCGUGGUCAAAACUGACUCGCAGCAGCCCCUCGUGUGGCCCGCCUGGGUCUACUGCACACGCUACUCGGAUCGCCCAUCCUCUGGUCCACGCACUAGGAAGCUGAAGAAGAAGAAGAACGAGAAGGAGGACAAGAGGCCUCGGACAGCAUUCACAGCCGAGCAGCUGCAGAGACUCAAGGCGGAGUUCCAGGCGAACCGCUACAUCACGGAACAGCGGCGGCAGACUCUGGCCCAGGAGCUCAGCCUCAACGAGUCGCAGAUCAAGAUCUGGUUCCAGAACAAGCGCGCCAAGAUCAAGAAAGCCACAGGCAUCAAGAACGGCCUGGCGCUGCACCUCAUGGCGCAGGGACUGUACAACCACUCCACCACCACGGUCCAGGACAAAGACGAGAGUGAGUAGUUGCCGCUGGCGGGGGGCCGCGGGGCCGCGAGGUCUGGCUACUGCGCCCGCGCCCGCGCCGGAGCCCGCGCCCCUCCGUGCACCGCCGCUGCCGCCUUGCCGGCCCAGCUCCGGGGAGAAAAAUCAGCGCAACAGAGAGGAGCAACAGGGGAAAGACAGAGCGCGCCUCAGAAUGGAGAGUGACGUUCGAAUACAACGCAACAUUUUUCAAAAGGGAGAGAGACUCAGACAGGUGCUAUUGAAAAAUAAGAUCUAUUCUCUAUUCACAGCAUAAGGGACGAAACUGCGAACUCCUAAAGCUCUAUCUAGCCAAACCGCUUACGACCUUGUAUAUAUUUAAUUUCAGGUAAGGAAAAGAAAUGUGUAGCGAUCUCUAUUUGCUGGACUUUUUAUUAAUCUCCUUUAUUAUUAUUGUUAUAAUUAUUAUAAUUAUUAUAAUUAUUUUAUCCCCCACCUCCGCCUUGCUGACCCAGGCCCAGUUUCGUUUUCAUUGCCUUUUUCUUUUGAAUGUUUUCGCUUCUCCGGUGCCUCCGGACCCACAUCCCGUUUCUCUGGGACUUUUCUUUGUGUGCGUGAGAGUGUGUACCCUUGCGUGUCCGCCCCUCGCCUCUCUCCCGUCUCCCAAAGCCCCUUUCUGUCGCUCUGUCCGUCCUGCCCCCCUUUCGUUUUCCCAAGACAUGUCGAGAAAUACGACCCCACAGACUGCGAGACUGAACCGCCGCUACAAGCCAAAGAUUUUAUUAUGUUCAGAAACCUGUAGUCUGAAAUAAAGUGUACACUGUGCUCAUGA